CAGAGCUACUUUUGACGGGAAUCCCCAGGGAAGACAUUUUUUUUUUGCGCGCAACGUCUCAAAGCGUGUGAGAUUUUCAAAAUCUCGGAAAUCUACGGUGUAUAAAACCCAGCUGAAAGCGUGAAAGAAACUAAAAAUAGUUUUUUGUUUUUGUGCUAAUCCAAGAAAUUGUAAUUCGAACAUUUGUUUUGAAUUUCAAAUUUAAAUUAAAACGCCAACACAGCACUCUACCCAAAACCGUUUGCAAGUGAAGUUCAGUGUGUGAGCUUUGAAAUCCAGAUUGCUGGUCGAGUUCUUUGCAACGCAGAUAAGCUAGCGACGCAGAUAACCGAAACAUACAGUUGAACGGAGCGUGGAGACAUUGAAAAUACUUCAGUAAAAGCUUUGUUUGGAGCAGCUGAGAUCACGAUGCGUCGAUCUUCGUUCACGCCGGUGUUCAAUCUGAGCACCCAGGAGCCGCUGAUUGUCGUCGAGGAGUCGCAUGCGCCCGAGGAUGGCGAUGAUUUGGAGGGUGCGGCCGGUGGCUGCGAUCCGGGCGCCACCACCAGGCGUACGAAUAGCGAUGACUCCGAGCCGGACUCGCCGGUGAAUCCCUAUUUGCUCUGCCCCUUCCCCGACAUGCAGCAGCGGCGCAAGCAUUCGCUGCCAUCGCUGCAGAUAACCGAAGGCAUCACGGCCAGCCAGGUGCGUCGGCUGUCCGAGGUGGGCGGCGAGACUGGCGGCUUGAGUCCCAAGGAGGUGGAGUUUCUGGCCACGCUCUCGCAGAAGACAAAUCCCGCCGGUGGACGCCGUCAUUCGGUGGUCACCAUCUCGGCCGUGCCCCCCACGCUCUUCGGACGCAAUCGUCGCGAAUCCAUUUCCGGUGCUUCGAUCAGUGGCAGUCGUCGGGGUAGCGUCAUCGCUGGACCGCCCCUGACUGACCAUCGCGGCAGCAUACACAACUUGCAGCUGGACAUAAUGGACGGGAUUGUGCAGCAGCGGAAGACGCGCAGCGGCAGUGGAGUCUGGACAGCGCCGGUGCUCCAGGAGGCCGACAGCAAUGUGCCCGUGCAGACAUAAGCGGACAAAGGACAACGGACAAAGGACAGCGGACAGUGGACAGUGGACACGCACGGACACGGACACGGACGCUAGUAUGGAUUCGAUUGGAUUGGAUGGUGGUAGGGCUGGUCGGUCGGACACUGAGCAAUAUAAACACACACAUGGACAAACACAAACAAACAAAAACAAAUACAAAUAUACGAAUGAACAAUCUGGGACUGUGCUACUCGAACUGGACCUUUAUUAACAUUUCUGGUAUUCCUGCCUCACACACACUUUCUCUCUCUCUCUCUCUGUCUCUGUCUCUCUCUUUCUGUUCUGCUCGGUCUGCUUCUUGCUCUGGGAAAUUGGUUUUCGCGGCUGGCGCAUCAUGCGAGGAGCAAACAAACCGCGAAAACCGCUCAAAUCCAGCAAGGAAACCCAGUUGAAAAAAGCCAAAAAUUCCAAUGUGAAAAACUACACUUAAAAGGAACAGAAAGAGACAGAGAGAGAGAGGGCGAGAGGGAUGGAGAGCAGUUUAAAACGGACAAAACGCAAACAAAAAAUGACAAAAAAAAAAAAAAAACAGUUAAGGAAAGAAGAAAAACGCCCCGCCCCAUUGGCCGCAAUUGAUUGGCAGCAACUUUCGGCCAACACCUGUGCAGUGUGCCACGUCUAAGCAUCCUCGGUCACCCCUGAAUAACAGCGGACUCAGCUUAACAAAUUGUCCAACCAAAGAAUACAACAAACCAAAAAUAAACACGAAAACGAAAACCAUCCGCGAUGCAAAAGCUAUUUAUGGACUGACGUGAAUUGGCUAUCAAGGUUCGCUUGGCAAACAUCUACACACGAGUUCGAGUCUAUAUGAUGCGCAUAAUGAUAACCCCAAUAACUUAUGAUAUAAAAUGAAAUUAGAUCAAUAUAUUGUAUAUUCAGGAAUUGAUAAACUAGUAAAUAUUUAGUGAGAAAACACCUUAAACUAAACUAAACUAAAACCGGAAAGAGCAACAUUUAUUUACUUAGAAUUUAGCUAAAGGUACUCUUCAUUUUUUUGGUGUUGUGCAAAUUUGUGAACAAAAACCACCAAUUACAAGAACUAUAAUGAAAAUGAAGACAAGCAACCCCACAGACUAUAUACAUACAUAGAAUGCAUACAAAUCUAUGGAUCUGAAACUCAAAUCAAAUCAAUUCAAUUCAAUCAAAACGUGCAAAUCCUCAGGUGUUUUUUGAUCUUUUAUCAUUUUUUAUCAUCUCCAGCUAAAUAAACAGCAAAUAUCCUUCGUUUGAUUCAAUCAACAAGAGCAAUCAAAAUUCAAGAGAGUUGAAAAAUGUACCAUGUACCUAGAAACAAAAACAAAAACAAACUU